AUGCAACGCCCAAGUGUGUUCUUAUCCGUUGACUUUGAUUUACCCCGAAUGCGAAGUGUAACAAGCGAAUGUUCUCAGCAAGACAAUAAUUUUGAGGAGUUCAAUUCAAAAUAUACAUUCAUCGACCGAUGGGCGGCUGACCAACAAAAGCGGCAUGCCAAGGAUAUUGUCGCGCGGCACCAGCAAAUUGUUUCGAAGAAGCCGCAGCAAAAGCCCAAAACUUUGAAGAGGAAUGAGAAAAACAUUCAAAUACUGCGUGAGAAAAUGGCGAUAAAAACGGCAAGCUUGGAGCUGAAAGGCACUAGCGAAGAGCCCGAACAAGAUUCCGAUUUUGAGGAUAAAGAAUUG